CCGGAGACGUCUCCGCCCUGCUACUCCUCGCCGGUGCCUUCCGCUCGGGGCAAACCAAACUCCUCCUCGUCGUCCACCUCCUCUUCUCUCCCAGGCUUCCCCCUUGGCUCCUACGUCCCCGUCGAGAGGAAGCAGCGCAGAGAGGGGAAGCGACAGGAUGCAGGUGAAGCAGAAGGUUUACGAGCUCUACAAGGGGACGGUGGAGCGGGUCACGGGCCCGCGCACCGUGUCGGCGUUCCUCGAAAAGGGCGUCCUCUCCGUCGCCGAGUUCACCCUCGCCGGCGACAACCUCGUCUCCAAGUGCCCCACCUGGUCCUGGGAGGCGGGCGAUCCGAGCAAGAAGAAACCGUAUCUGCCCCCCGAUAAGCAAUUCCUCGUCACCAGGAACGUCCCUUGCCUAAGACGGGCUGUGUCGUUAGAGGAAGAGUAUGAUGCAGAGGGAGCGGAGGUAGUUCUCGAUGAUGACGAGGAUGGCGAAGGCUGGCUUGCAACCCAUGGAGUGCAAGCAUCAAAGGCAAAAGAGGAAGAAGACAUACCAUCUAUGGAUACAUUGGAUAUUGGAAAAGCUGAAGAGAUAAAAUCCAUCCCCUCGUACUUUGGUGCCGGUGAGAAGCAGGAUGAGGAGGAGGACAUACCUGACAUGGACACCUAUGAAGACACAGGAGAUGAUUCGAUAGCAAGCACUCAGCCCUCGUAUUUUGUCACAGAAGAACCUGAAGAUGACAACAUCCUUCGUACUAGAACAUAUGAUGUCAGCAUCACAUAUGACAAGUACUACCAAACUCCACGUGUCUGGCUUACAGGUUAUGAUGAGUCAAGAAUGCCAUUAAAGCCUGAACUUGUGUUUGAAGAUAUCAGUCAAGACCAUGCGCGCAAAACGGUGACUAUUGAAGACCACCCUCACUUUUUAGCAGGAAAGCAUGCUUCGGUCCAUCCGUGCAAGCAUGCUGCUGUGAUGAAAAAGAUCAUUGACGUUCUAAUGUCUCGAGGAGUUGAACCAGAAGUUGACAAGUACCUGUUCAUAUUUCUAAAAUUCAUGGCCUCUGUCAUACCCACCAUUGAGUACGAUUACACUAUGGACUUUGAUCUGGGCAGUGCAAGCAGAUAAGUUGCUGAUUGAAGAAAAGCUGCAUGUCAGACACAGACAGAAGAUGAUUGUUUGCCGGUGUUACAGAAAGGCGGGAAUGCCCAAGAAGGCAGUCCAAGGCUGGUGGCUAUGUCGCCGAAUAAUUGCCGUUCUUUGAAAAAGAUUUGUACAUUGUGUGCGUGUGUGUUGGUUUGUCUGGAAAGGAACUUUCGAGUGUUCAUACGACAUUCGUAUUUGUUUGCAUUCAGAUUAAAUCUAUCCAUUCUCGAGUCCUACA